AAGCUCUAUCACAAUAAUCAACAGACAACCAAUGUGUACAUAAACUCAACAGUAUGGGGUUUCAGUAAUGGGAGCAUUAUCGCAAACUACACGACACUUAUGGCGUCGGUUUCGACAAUCACAGCGGAAGAUCUGGGGACUCUUACAACGACGGCUCUAGAUGAUGACUUCAUACCAGAUUCUAGCAUACAGGUCGACCCAACAGCAACGAAGUUUACCUUGAAUUCUCCACCGGAAGAAACACCGGCGUCGACAAUACCAUUGCUGUCGACAACCCCGGCACUUAUAACAGCAGCGUCCGAGGCAAUUGUGUCGACAACUCCUUCGCAAACUCCGGAGCCUCUUAGCAACGGCACGACUGUGAUACCAGGAGAGACGUCUUUUGACGGCGUCUUGAGGAUUGUGACACUGGAUGGAAAGCCUGCAUUGUUUAACUCAUCUUUAGAGGCCCCUGGAAACUCCUACUAUCUGACACUUCAUGACAAUGUUGUAAAAAUUCUCGAUACUGUGUUUAGAACGAUGCCAAAGACCAAGACCGACUAUCUUCGCGCCGUGCUUCGGCGCUUCAGCAACGGCAGUGUCAUAGCGGAAUUCUCGGUGUUUCUGACGCAGACCAGUAACCUAAACCCAAAAGAUUUUGAGGACCAAAUGAAUAGUUAUUUUGGUUCGACAAACGGGGCGAUGGGUGGAGUUAACAUAGUCGUUGAUCCUGAGCACAUAACAUUCACAUCAAACAAUCAACCACCGGUGUUGACAACACUAUUGCUGUCGACAACCAUAGCACCGACAACAGCAGAGCCCAAACCAAAUGCGUCGACAACGCCAUUACUGUCGACAUCCAACGUACCAACAACAGAGUCCCAAUCAAACUUGCCAACAACAACAUUGCUGUCGACAACCAUAGCACCGACAACAGCAGAGCCCAAACCAAAUGCGUCGACAACGCCAUUACUGUCGACAUCCAACGUACCAACAACAGAGUCCCAAUCAAACUUGCCGACAACAACAUUGCUAUCGACAACCACAGCACCGACAACAGCAGAGCCCAAGAUUUCGACAACCCCUUUGCAAACUCCGAUCCCUCCAGGUAACAACACAACUGGAGAGAAGUCUUUUGACGGCGUCUUAAGAAUCUUGACGCUGGAUGGGAAACCUGCUGUGUAUAACUCAUCUUUAGACGACCCGAGAAAAUUAUACUAUCUGACCCUUCAUUUAAAUGUUGUAAAAUUGGUUGAUGUCGUAUUUAGGACGAUGCCAAAGACCAAGACCGACUAUCUUCGCGCCGUGCUGCGGCGCUUUAGCAACGGCAGCGUCAUCGCAGAAUUCUCGGUGUUUCUGACGCAGAAUAGCAACCUUAACCCGAAAGAUUUUGAGGACGAAAUGAAGGAUAUUCUCGGCUUCACUAAAGGGAAGAUGGGUGGAGUUGAAAUAGUUAUUGACCCUGAACACAUAACAUUCACGCAUACUGACGAAUGCAAGUGGAAAACCGACGACUGUUCCAUGUACGCUACUUGUGAGGAUCUCGGCGCCGAUGGCUUUACAUGUCAUUGUCAGGCUGGUACCACAGAUGCACUGACCCUAGGCCAGCCAGGACGAGAGUGUAUACUCCCAACGACGAGGAGGCCAAUCACGCAUAAAAAGCCACCAGUGGUGAAAGGUAUCAACGGACCAACUUGGGAACCAUGGCAGAUUGGCGCGUUCGUGAUAGGUAUUACCAUUGGGAUGUUGUUCGUUGCUGCUGCUUUCCAGUAUUUCUGCAAGUGGCGUCAUAAAUGCCGUGAAGAAGACGACGAUCCUAACAGUGAACGAGCCCUCCGAGAACAGGCCCUGUACCGCGAAAGAAUGAACCGUCGGUGGAGCUUCAUGUACCGCCGGCCUGAGACUGAAGGCACGGUCGACGAAGCCAUGUACACGGACGGCUGUGAUCGAGACAACCCAUUUAUAUCAAUUGGUCACGACCAACCUUUGAUACCAAGUGCUCCAACAGCUGAUGAUGGCCUAGAUUUAAGAUUAGCCCAGCGUAGUACCACAGCAGUACAGACGGACCCGGAGCCUGGCUCGGACUCAACGGGACUCAGGGCGCUCGGAGACGGCUCUGGGGGAAGUCAAGAGUCGGGUUUCCACGAUCUACCGGCCGGAGAGAAUUCUCAAGACACAACAGCGGUGAAUGUUGAAGAAAAUGGAGACCAGCCAACAGAGGGCGAACCAGAAUCUGAAGACAGAUGCCUCGUGAUGUAAAUUAGACGUCCGUCUAGGGGAAUUUCAUUAAGUUUGACUGGGAGCACAAAAAAUGCUAAGCACUGAAAAGCAUUGCUUACCAGAAACAGGUUAUCAGCCAACAAUCAAAUGCAUUCAGUUUGCAUUGUUUUGUAUUAUAUUAGAAGGCCUUUUAUUAUUACAUAGGUAGGUAAAUAGAUAAAAUGGUUUAUUAAAAAACUGUCCUCGCAGCACAAAGGCUGAAUUACAACAAUUUUACAUUAAUUUACAUAGGGCAAUUUCAUGUGUUUUUGAAUGUUUGUCAUGUCCACUAUGAUGGAAACACAAUGAUGUGACAAUACAGUGUGGUUCGUGUAGUGUUGUCUUGCCUCGCCUUCAACCUCUGGGAUACCAGUUCGAAUCCCACUUGGGGCACUUUGUUGAUUUGGUUUUUGGUCCCUACCUGCUGCGUGGGUUUUCCCUAGAAUAAUUAUCUGGGGUUUUCAUCCCUAAACCUGAAAUUUAUUUAUCGUCUUCUCUGCUCGUUCGGCUGUAAUUAGAGCGUUGGGAGUGGAUGGGACUAGCACGAGGGGCCAAGAUAAUCUUGAAAAGUUAAAAGUACUCGGGUCAUUAUUCGGCCAAUUUCAAAGAAGGGCUGGAAGCUUAAAAACUUGUGGACGUUUUAGGCGGUAUUUCAACGGGUUCUCUUGCCACGAUAAGUAAAAAUUUAGCAAACUUGAACAUUUAAAAUAAGUCGCGCAUGAUCCAUGUAGUGUCUAUUUUGCUGUAAAUAUUAUUGUGUGUCAAAAUUUCACUUGCUAACUGCGUAAAACUAUACGCUCAAAAAUAAAUUAUUAUUGACA